AUGGCGAACAUCCCCCACGUCAGGUUUGCCGACACAUGUGCAACAACGCCAACUUGGGCUGGCACCGUAGGAGGAGUCGGCGCGCCAGCCGCGGGUCCCGUUCAGUGGACCUUUGACGAGAUCUUCGACUUCGACGCGAUUUCGGACGUUGACAACCCCCCACUGGGCGGCAGUGCGAACAAACAUAAUCCUGCAUCGUUCACGAGUACGAAGUGGCUGGCUCAAGCGCCACUCACGGGAUCGGAUUGUACAGCCCCGACGCCUACAGCAUUCACUUCAGUGUCCGCCAUCUUUGGCCCUGGCUUGUUUGUUGCGCAGACAGCGCCCGACCUCAUCCUCGUGUCCGCGGACCAUGUGCAUUUCUAUGUCCAUCAGCACCUCCUUGCCAAAUCCACCAAUGGGUUCAACGGACUUUUAGCCCGUCCCUCUGGCCUGGAGGCGUACAACAAUCCCGCCGAACUCCCUUCAGCGUUGGUUCCCGAGUCAGUCGAAGUGCUGAACGUCGCCCUCCAUGGCGUUUACAAUUUGACGUGGACGACUCCCAUACCAUCUUUCGAAGUCGCAUCCGGUGCGGUAACCUCGCUCGUCAAGUACGGUUUUGACGUCAAGCCCGUCUUCGCGCCUUCCACCACCCUCUUCGGGUUGUUCUCGAGAUCGUACGCGCCGUCCGUGCCAAUGGACGUUUACUGCUUCGCAGCGUCCUACGACCUCGUGCUCCUCGCGGUCUUCGCGUCCAAAUAUCUUCUCUCAUUCCCACUCUGCGCGCUGGACGACACGCUCGCGGAGAAGAUGGGACCGCGCUACCUUCGCCGCUUGUUCUUUCUCCACCUCGGACGGACGGAUGCGCUAAAACGGUUGCUGCUCCCGCAGCCCGCACACCACGCGCCGAAUGCGAUCUGCGGCACGGCCGAAGGGCAAAGACUCACCCGAGCGUGGGCGUUGGCGAGCGCCUACAUUGCUUGGGAUGCACGUCCGGACCUUACUUCUCAAGAAAUCCGAAGCGUGAUGGAUCCGUUGCUGAACGAGCUCGAGUGCACGCAGUGCCAGCUAUCGUUCUUGGAGCGUUCGUCGGCUUUGAUUGCUCGGUGGGGAGAAGUAAAGACGACCAUCCUAGCAGAAUGA